GCCACUAGUCUGAUGUCUUGCGCCAUUCCAGCUGAAACAGAUGAACAUUUCUAUUGUGAAUAGUUAGAGUUUGCAACACUCCGUGGAUGUGUUUAAAAAGAGAGACGGUCAGUUCUUAUCAAAUCUUUAGCUGAUGAACCACCAUCCAUCUAAGUAAAAGUUUAAUCUGCAUGUAUUUGGUUUCUUGACACUCAUCGAUCUAUCAUGAACUUUAACACAGAAGCUCCGUCUACGAAGCAUACAGACUGUGCUGAGGUUCAAGUGCCCAUGGAGGUUUUUAUGGCCAUCACCAUGGCCAGUCUCAGUGAAAACAUCUUGGUGGUUUUGGCAGUGAUCAAAAACAAAAACCUUCACUCUCCCAUGUACUGCUUCAUCUGCAGCCUGGCUGCGUUCAACACCAUCUCUGGACUCUUCAAGACGCUGGAGAACAUCAUGCUGUUGUUUAUCGAUGCUGGACAGCUGAACUCCACUGGCAAUUUUGAGCUGAAGAUAGAUGACAUCAUGGACUCGCUACUCUGCAUGUGCUUCCUGGGUUCAUUUUUCAGUAUCCUUGCCAUAGCUGUGGAUCGAUACAUCACCAUAUUCCACGCGCUACGGUAUCACACGCUCAUGACCAUGCGUCGAGUGGUGGUUAUUUUGUCAACCAUCUGGGUGAUGUGUGGUAUCUGCGGGGUGCUCAUGAUUGGGUUUUUCCAAAAAGCCAUGGUGAUGAUCUUCUUUGUUGUGCUCUUCUUCAUCGCUCUGCUCUUCAUCCUUCUGCUCUAUGUGCACAUGUUCCUGCUAGCACGCCACCAUGCCAACAGGAUCGCAUCUAUGCCAGGUGCCAGAUCCCGCCACAGUAGAAGCGGUAUGAGGGGGGCGCUGACGCUCACCAUUUUGAUUGGGGUGUUUCUGGUCUGCUGGGCUCCAUUUAACCUUCAUUUGCUGAUAAUUAUGAUCUGCCCAGAGAACCCGUACUGUGAAUGUUACCGCUCUCUCUUCCAGCUACAUGUUGUGUUACUGGCGAGUCACGCAGUUAUUGAUCCAGCCAUCUAUGCCUUCCGGAGCGCAGAGCUGAGGAACACCUUCAAGAAAAUGUUCUUGUGCUUGGGUUCAGGGAUCUGUAAAGAGUGUAUCUGAGAGGGAGAAACAUGUCUGACCGGUAAGGGCCAGAUACAUUUUCGCAUGUGGAAUAAAGUAGGUGGUACAUGCAGAAGAAAAGAAUCAACUCACAUGUGUUAAAAAAUCGAAAUGACAUUUAUUAAAUACAGAAAUAUCCAUGCAUUCAUUUACUGUAGCAGCUUAUUAACAUAACCAAGGUAAGGUAGGGUA